CGUGCGUCGACACCCCUCGCCGCGGCGCUGGUUGCGCCCGGCGGGUCACGUGGCCGCCAAGAUGGCGGCGCCCAGGGGCCGCUGCGCGCGCCGUGGCUGCUGACCGGCCCUCGGGGAGCCCAGCGGCGAGGCCCGGCUGCCGGGACGCCCGGGAGCGGUUGAGGACCGACGCUGUGGUCACCAUGGUGACGGAGCAGGAGGUGGAGGCCAUAGGGCAGACGCUGGUGGACCCCACGCAGCCGCUGCAGACCCGCUUCCGGGCCCUGUUCACGCUGCGGGGACUCGGCGGCCCGCACGCCAUCGCCUGGAUCAGCCGGGGCUUCGAGGACAGCUCUGCCCUGCUGAAGCACGAGCUGGCCUACUGCCUGGGCCAGAUGCAGGACCCGCGCGCCAUCCCCGUGCUGGAGGGCGUCCUGCGCGACACGGGCCAGGAGCCCAUGGUGCGCCACGAGGCCGGGGAAGCCCUGGGGGCGAUCGGUAACCCGGAAGUUCUAGACCUCCUGAGGCAGUAUUCCACCGACCCAGUGGUUGAGGUGGCCGAGACAUGCCAGUUGGCCGUUGGGCGUCUGGAGUGGCUGCAGCAGCACCCCGGGGAGGCCGCCGGUGCAGGGCCCUACCUCUCCGUGGACCCGGCGCCCCCUGCAGCCGAGCGCGACGUGGGGCAGCUGCGGGAGGCGCUGCUGGACGAGGCGCGGCCACUCUUCGAGCGGUACCGCGCCAUGUUCGCCCUGCGCAAUGCAGGUGGCGAGGAGGCGGCCUUGGCGCUGGCUGAAGGCCUGCGCUGCGGCAGCGCGCUCUUCCGCCACGAGGUGGGCUACGUGCUGGGCCAGCUGCAGCACGAGGCGGCGGUGGGCGCGCUGGCGGCCACCCUGGCGCGGACCACCGAGAGCGCCAUGGUGCGGCACGAGUGCGCCGAGGCCCUGGGCGCCAUCGCCAGGCCCGCCUGCCUGGCCGCGCUGCGGGCGCACGUCACCGACGCCGAGCGCGUGGUGCGGGAGAGCUGCGAGGUGGCGCUGGACAUGUACGAGCACGAGAGCCGCCGCGACUUCCAGUACGCCGACGCGCUGGAGCGCCUGCGCCCGCCGCCCUGACCCGGCCCGCCGCCCUGACCCGGCCCGCCGCCCUGACCCGGCCCGCCGUCGCGUGACUCCCUCCGCGGCUCCAGGUCACCCGGUCCAGGGUGCCGGGGCUGCGCCCGCCCCUGCCUCCCUGGGUGCCGGUGCACAGUGCUCCCUCCCGGGGCCGUCGGACUUCACCCCGGGGCCGCUCCAGACUGGCACACGCUUCCAGAUGUCGGGCAGGCUGUGGGGUCCCCGAGGUCAGUGACCCCCGGCCAUCGGGGAGCACAAGCCGAACCCAGGGCCCUGCACAAAUAAAUAAAUAAUUUCCGGCGA